GGCCGGGGUUUUGGUUCUCACUAUGUCUACGAGCGUCCUCCUGCUCAGAGCACCUGCCGGUACCCCUGACCGCUAUGAGACCGCUUUCUCUGCGGCGGGACACCUCUGCACCUCGCUCCCGGUCCUUGAAACCGCACUCGUCAACGGCGACGCACUGCGCACCCUCGUGCGCGAGCAGGGCCGCUGCACCUACGACGCGGUGAUAAUCACAAGCGCCCGCGCGUGCGAGGCAUGGGGCGCGGCGGUCGACUCUCUGGAGGACGGGCCAACGCAAGGAACGAUGCAGGCGUCCGAUUGGACUGGGACGCCGUUCUAUGUCGUCGGGAGCACCACUGCGACCGCUCUGGCUGCGGUCCGGGCCGCGCAUCCGCAAUCCCCCUACGCUCCGAGUGACGUGCGGGGGGAGUCGUCGGGGACCAGUCAGGAACUGGCCAGAUUUGUGCUGCAUGACCUGGGAGACCCGCCCCAUCCCCGCCCGCUGUUGUAUUUGACUGGGGACAAGAAUCGGGACACGCUGCCUGACAUUCUGGCUGCAGGAGGACACCAACUGCACACUGUGCAGGUGUACGAGACGCGCGGAUCGUCCAGGUUUCGAGAGGAUCUGGACGCAGUGUUGAGACUACCAAUACAUCGGGACACUGCCCUGUGGUGGAUCGUCUUCUUUGCGCCGUCUAGUUCCGAGUUCACAAUACCAUUCUUGCAAGAACAUUUCGAUCUUCGCGGCGUAGAUAAUCGACUGCUGGCUACACGGAUAGCUUCGAUUGGACCGACUACGACGGAUUUCUUGAGGGAGACUGCGCACCUCACAGUGCAUGCCAUGGCCAGCAAGCCAACUCCUCAACAUCUCCUGGAAGCGAUACAAGCGUCGGACAGUGGACUACACAGAUAGCUACUUGACUACAUGUUGGAUAAAGAGGAAUACCAUCACAGCUUCGCGUGCUCGAGCAAGUACGGAGAAUUCUUCUUCGACUUGACCUUGUCGACAUCCGCCAUAGUAAUGGGGCGGCAGUUGUGCGCGUGGUUAUAUCCCAGUCUGUCAGAUGUCAUAAGAGACACGAUAGAUCGUCGUAUUUGAAGCCACGGACCUGUCCCUGCCGUCUUCUCCACCGGGCUUGAAGAACUCAGGCCGGCGGAGCAGCGAAACGACCACAGCGCCGCCGAGGCCGACAUUAUGCACAAGACCAUAUUUCCCGCGCGAAUCCGCAAUGUCGAACAGACCGGGAGCCUGCAUAGGGCCGGCCCAGUCUCUGAGUUGCAUGGCGAUGUAAAAGUGCAUGCCCAGACCAGUGGCGCCCAACGGAUGUCCCUUGGCCUCCAAUCCGCCAGAAGGGUUAACGACGUACUUUCCUCCAUACUGAGCACCCCGGGGUCAGCAACUGAUCUGAGAGUACUCUG